GUCGUCGUCACGCGACGCACUAUCGGCUUGGAGGUCCUGUCGCCUUGCGGCUCGCGUGUCGGUAUUCGGAGCAGGCAAAGAGAGAAAGAGAGGAGAGAGAGAGAGAAAGGGAAAGAAAAGAAGUCCCCGUCCUGUCAUUCGCUGUCGCAGUGCUCCCCGCGUGCUCAUCCACGAGAAACGACGAGAUCAAGCACCACGUGAAGCUGACUGCUACUCGACUCGACUGAUGCAUCGGAAUUUCACCCUGGAUUCCGCCUUGGUCGCGUGGAUACCCAUUGAGCUGUCGCUCCGAAGAGGAUUCCGUGAAGAUCCAGUCACGGUUUGUCUCAAACACACAUAGGAAUUCGUUCACUUGUUCUCCUCUCACGCGGAAGUGUUACUCGAAGAGAGAGAGAAAAACGUUCCUUCGGUUUUUCCCUACAAGUGUUUAUCAACGUCGCGCCUUCAUCAGGAUUCCUACGAUACGCUUCGUCCUGAUUUAACAUAUACUGACGAUAAGUUUUUUCGCCAUCCGUCAAUGUCGCUCGAAAGAACAUCGUGAUCUUCGUUAAGUUCCUAUCGCGUGUGACUGUCAAAUAUACACAUGACAGAAGCGAAACUCUCGGCUGUUACUCUUGGCAGAAGUCCGACGUAUUCGUACGCGACAGGUCGCCUCGCUUCAUCGUUCAGAACUCGCGAGAAUUCACCGAGAUCGACGAUCUCGUGAUCAUUUUAUCAAUAAAUAUUAGAUAAAAAGAAAUACGCCUAAUUCGUCUUUGCACAGGGCACGUCAAGUGUUUCUUUUCGUUACUCCAAAUUGUUGGUUACGACAAGCGCAGAACAGUGAUCUAACGCCGCAAUACACCCGGAAGGUAUCGCCAACGCCAACGUGAUCCCGCAGGUUGAACCCCCGAACGAGAUUUGCGGAAGCACACGCAUGCGGAGUUAAGGACAAAGUCGAAACAGUACGACACGAGGUCGGGAAAGUGUGGCGGGAAGUGGCGGGAUCGGCGUAUCGAUCGGAGAUCAGACGGGCACUCUCCAGAGCGUCCGUCGACCGGCUGAUAUUCGCGGGGAGAGGGGAUCCGCGGCGGUGCGGAAGAGAUCGGGAAGGUGUUGUUCAGCCACGAGUCCAGGAUUCUCACCCCCGGAGGCAGUGCCAUCUCGCCCGGGGGCGCGGGGCCACCCGCGAGCCCAUCGCCGGGACACUAUCAUCCACCUGCGCACAGUCCGCCCCUGGUCAAGAUUGGCGCGGUCCACGCCCACCAGCCGAACAAUAACCACCACCAGCAACAGCAGCAACAGCAACAACAGCCGUCGAGUCAACCGCAGGUGUCGGGUGCUGGCGCGGGAGGGGCCGGCGGGCCGGGGGGCGGCGUGGCCAGGGCCGGAGGCAUGUUCUGCUACCACUGCCCCCCGGGCCUCCCAGCGCCGCGAUUACCACCAUCCCUGGAGUAUCCUUUCGCCCCGACUCACCCCUUACUCUCCGGAUUUGUUACAGAUACUAGUUACUCCGCCUAUCACCCAGCACUGCACGGAGUUGGCGAGGAUUCCUUCGUGCGGAGGAAGCAGCGCCGAAACAGGACAACUUUCACCCUCCAGCAACUGGAGGAACUCGAGUCCGCCUUCGCGCAGACUCACUAUCCGGACGUCUUCACGAGGGAAGAUCUGGCCAUGAAGAUUAAUCUCACGGAGGCUAGAGUGCAGGUAUGGUUCCAAAAUCGGCGGGCGAAAUGGCGUAAGAGUGAACGACUGAAGGAGGAGCAACGCAAACGCGAGGGUGGAAACGGGAGUAGUGGCGGUGGCGGCGGCAGCGGUAACAUAGAAUCUUCCGCUUUGGCCGCGCCGACGUCCUCGUCGGCGGGCCCGAGUCCCACGGGGAACGAUCCGGAGGGCACCACGACGAGCAGCAGCGCUGCCGACACGGAGGACGCCGUGGCAGAGGGGACCGGGGGCGGUGGCGGCGGCGGCGGCUCCAGGAGCCCCAGCACGACUUCCGCCUCGGUCAGUCCCCGGCCCCAGCCAAGUCAGCCGUCCCUGGGUGGCGUCUCGACGCCACCGCCAACCCCCAUAAGGGCGCCGCCGCCGCCACCGAGCACCGUGGGGGGCCUCGGACCACCCGCCGAGAGUACCACGGGGAUAGGCGCGGGCUUCAGGCCGGUGGAACCGCCGACGUCCAUCUUCUUCUCGCCUCACCUGGCCGCCCAGUUCUCGCCACCGCUCUUCGGUAACAAAGUCGUCAGCAGCGCGUCGACAUCGCUGACCUCGACGACGCCAUCGUUGUGGACCACCAGCGACCAGCAUCGGCCGAGCAGCCUUCAGGAAAUGUUGUCUUGGUCGCCGACCGGCUGGCCCGGUUCAAUUUGCGGCUGUUGCAAACCCGGCGCCGCCGGCACCGGCGCCACCGAUCUCCAUCGAAGUAACAGUCUGGCCGAGCUCCGGAGGAAAGCUCAGGAACACUCGACCGCCUCGGCUCUCCUCGGCGGCCUCGCCGGCUUCCCCGGAGGGUUACCCCUGCCUCUGCACUUGCCGCUGCUGCCGCCCCUGUUGGGUCUCUCCAGGCGGCCGGAGCAUCACCACCAUCAUCACCUGCCUGGCGUGGUGCAUCAAAUACAACCCACCACCAAGGAAGAUCCCUAGGAUCGCCUCUACGAAUGCCGAAAUCGUCUCGUAGACGCGAGAUAUAAAUCGCAAAAGGAUAUUCCACGCGUAUCGGACGGUCGCAAAGUCGAAGCUAGACAGCGAUAUAGCAAUCUCGGUGAGUUCGGAUCUCGAUGCUAUGUAGAAGCUGAAGAAUGUUGUAUAGGAUGUUAUAAAUAUAUUUAUAUAGAAUGUUAUAUGUUUCUGUGUUUUUUCAUAUAAGGAGAAUUAUUUUUCUAACUUCUUUGAAGUAAAUACUACCGGGAGAAGUAGUCUUUCAAAAUUAGAUUUAACGAAAUUUAGUCCCUCUAAGUUGUUGAUUUCAUUGAGUUAAUAAUGAUUUAAAUUCUUCGAGAGUACAGCGUCGAAAAUUGAACUCAUCGAUGUUACACCGCCAAUCUUUGUGUAAGUGCUUUCCUUAUUAUAAUUGCAUUUUAAUCUUCUCGUAUUUUUUUAAACGAAAAAAAAGUCUUUUCUGAGUUUCGACGUUGUGAUAGUUCAGGCGAGUUUAAGGGUCCCAAUUCCGGAAAACGACGAAGAAUUAACGAACCACAAUGCUACGAGGUGAUAACUUUGAAUCGGUAAGGCGGCUCGUGCAAACACUGCAAACUGUAUAUUCAUAUUGUCUUCGAUUGCGACUUGUUAAAAUAAACAUGGCGCAAAUUCUGUUAAGAACUUGUGCAAUCCUGAUAAAAACUUAUUUUAGCUCACACAACACGCGUUGGAUUUUUAGAAGAAAUUUCCAUUUACGACAAAUUUGACAAACAACUUUAUUUUUAGUUAUAUAAUACAAGACGGGAUCGAUUUUGCAAAGUUUUCUAUAAAGUGCCGUUUAAUUUGCGCUUCUCUCUCUUUAAAAGUUACCAAUUGAUUGUUUGUGAUUACUCCCGAUGUUUAUCGGCUCUCUAUCGUUUUUGGAUUUUAAUAAAAAUGGAAAACAAACAAGAUACCAUUAAUACUCAUUGCAUAUGCAAUAAACCGUUGAAUAAUGCAGCACUAUCAAUUUGCAGAUUACUUUGUUAUAUCCGCGAGCGAUGUAAAUAGGCGGGGGUGCAUUACAAUAAUCUUCCGUAGUAUUCUCAGACACAUAAAACUUUUUCUCACAUAUGUAAUCAGCAAUAGCUUCUAAAAUCUCCAUAUUAUGCAGAAACUUAUAUUUUAUUUAUUGCCCUAACUUGCGACCCAGACAUAGUUUGUAUCGCCACUAUUCACUAUCUACAACGUAUGAAAAUCGUUGAGUUCCAGGUGUAUCGUAACAAGUUUGGCGAAUCCGUUAAUGAUAGCGAGGAUCAUUUAAAAAAAAUUCUGCGAGAGGAGGGAGCCAGAUUUCUGACUGACUUUCUGAAUUUGGAAUGGCUAAUACGCGUCGCGAUACGUUUGUAUUGUACAUAAUGAGAACAAAUGCGCGCGCGCACGCGAGCGGCGAGAACAAGGACGAGAACGACUUGUGCGGAGACUGUGUAGCAAAGUGUUUACGGAUGGUUUCGUUUCUUUCCACGCGAGUAAGAAGACGCGACGGACCAACACGUGCCUGAUGCGCUGUAUAUUCAAUUGCUCGACAUACUCGACCAGUCGAUUCGUUCAAGCCACGCGGACAGGCUCGAGUGCAUUCAUCGUAAAAUUCCUACGUGCGGGAGUUGAAACCGAUGUAAUCUCGGUUCAGAUUUCGAUACUGCUCUGUCAGAAAAAGAGAAAACGUCUUGGAUUGAAUUUAAUUAAUCUUACGGAGAUUAUGUGGGUUUUAAUCCCCGGCUAUAGGUAAAGCGAAGAAACUCGUUUCGAGUUGGCUACUACUCUUAUAUGCCUUAUAAAAAAAAAAAUUCGUCGAUCGCCCGGCAAUAUUAACCGAUUUCAGAUCUUUGCUACGUUUGCGAGUAUCGUAAUUCAUCAAAUAAAAUCCGUCGUUUUGGCGCAAGGAUCAAGGAACGAGCAGAAGAGAAGGCGGAAUGAUCACGGAACGGAUUUGGUUUGAUAAUUACGCGAUAAAUUCGACGAGAUAACGAUAAUUCCAUUUAUGUCGUAAUCCCACUGGAUUUUCGCGAAGCGAAAGGAAAGCGUAGAAGCGAAACGGACGUAGUUGUUUGUAGAGACCUGUAUAUUACCUCCCGAUAAAUAGUCAGUGCUAAUCAAAGAUAGCCUAAUGAGAAGUAUAGUAUAAGGUAGCGGAUUAACUGUGUAGAACUGUGGUAGCGAUAUAUCAAAUAAACUUGUUCUCUCAUGUGAUGAAUCCUGAUGUAUAUAAAUCA